AACCUGACGAGAGAGAAACACAGCCUGCUCCUCUUUUACUGUAGCCACAGACACACAGAGACUAAGACAGGAAGAUGGUGAGCACCAGAUUCAUUGCUGUGACCCUGCUGGUCGUUUUCAUCCUCCAGACCUUCCUUCUGCAGACAGAGUCAGCAAGCUGUUGCCUUUCAUAUGCCAAGAAAACUCCGAUGUGCCACAGGAUGAAGGGCUUUACCAUCCAGACAAACAUGCGCAACUGUGACAUGGAUGCCAUCAUCUUCCAUACAAAAGCGGGCAAAUUCAUCUGUGCUGAUCCAUCAAAGAAGCUGACACAGAUCACAGUCAAGUGCCUUAAUCGGAGAGCGAUGAAUUUGUCUUGAGGAACCUUCCAGAACCCUCAAGGUCACACAAUGCAAGGACAAUGAAACAAUUUAAGAAGAUAAGCUCUUUUGAUUGUUUUCUUUUUGUAUGUUCUGCACUACAUGAAUUUCAUUCAUUUUGGGGAGAAUUUUCUAUUUAUUUUUUUAUUUUUGCAUAAAUCUGUUUGUGGUAAUGCUGAAGGGUUCACCAUUUCUUAUCUGUUUUAUAAACAGAAAUGGUACAGUAUUGCAUCUGAGAUGCUAUGUUGCCAUAUUUUAAAAAUAGACAAAAUGAAAACAUUUUAUGUUUUAAAAGGGUAUCACAAAUUAUUUUUGUGUUGACUUUCUUCUGUCUUCUUCAGAAAAUGUUUAAUCAUAUUGAAGUAAAUCAAUAGGUUUGUUUAAUUUGAAAAAAUUCUUAUCAAAGUAAGUAAUUCUGUGAAUGGAAAUAUAAUGAAGAUAUAAUGAAGAUAUGUA